GUGAUAUUACAGAUAAGCAGCAAAAGUAGAGUUUACAAAGCUCUGUGUAUUUUUUAAAAAUGGCAUUCAGCAAGCACAGCAAACCAUUCUAUCAUUGCAACCUUGUACUAUUGAGGAGUCACACUGUAAGCUGUUUAGAGCCUGUGCCCCAUAAUCCAAUACCAAAAUAUUUAUUUUCAAUACAGUGCCAUUGUGACCCUCUUAAGAAUGUUGGGGGGGGUGAACAGGGGAAGGACUAGACCAUGUGAAAAGUGAACAGAAUAUUUGAGCUGCAGUUCAUUCAUUUUCGCCUUUGUAUUCAAGUUAUAACAAAUUGCACCUAGACAUUCUGUUGUUGCUCCCAUAACCUAGGUUUAAGGUGCCAUUUAGCUCCUAGCUUUCAUAUCUCAGUUUCUAACACUGCAGGCAGCAAAAUCACAAAAUUGGGAUGACACAUACAGCCCCAAUUUUUAAAAAGGAAGAGCAGCAAAGAAUUGACUUAACCAAUCCAUGAAAGAACAUAUUAGACAACCUGGUCUGAGAUGGGCAGGUGAAUGUGUUCUGUGGCUCUGCCCAUGUACAUUCAACUGAUUGACCCACUUUAUAAUGCCAAACCCAACUGUGUGGACUCCCUAAGGAGAUCACAAUUGCUGUCAGCUUAGCAAUUAUUUCACUUAAUGUGUUGUCCUAAUGCGUUCUCAGUUUCCGGCUUACAGUUUGUCUGGGGUGUACAAACCAUGAGCUUAGGUUUGGAUGAUUGCUACUGGCACAGGGGAGAUAAAAGACAGCCAGUGUGAUACAGUGAUUAGAGUGCCGGUUUACAGCCUGGGAGACCAGGGUUUGAAUCCCCACUCAGCCAUUAAGCUCACUGGGUGAACUGGGGCCAGUCACUGCCUCUCAGCCUAACCUACUUCACCGGUUUGCUGUGAGAACAAAAAUAGAAGGGCAACCAUGUGCACCGCCUUGAACUCCUUGGAGGAAAAGGGAUAUAAGGUCACACAUCACUCACUCCCUAAGACAGAGGGGCCUCUGCCACCUGGUUCAGGCCUGGUUCAGACCUGGUUCGAAAUAUAAUUGCUUUCUGCUUCAUAACAAAUAUUUGCUUCAUCUUGCACCCAUUGCCCCGUUGAAGGAAUCCCAGGAACUUCUCCUGGCCUGUUGACAUUCCCUAAAUAUAUUUGAACGGAGGCGAUACUGCAACUCUUCUCCAUCCCUCUUCUGCCAAGUAACGUCAGAAAGGCAGAGGCUUGGGAGCCCAACUGUGAACUGGCUUCGUGGCGGUGUGGGAGACCUCGCCAGGUGGAAGGGCGGCGGGAAUCCGUGGGCCUGUGUCCGUCGGCUCCUCGACCCUUCCCAGCCCGCCCACUCGCCCGGGACUGGGACCGGCAGGCGCUUCUAGAUCCAAGAGGGAAGCGCGGGCGGAGCCUUCCGGCCCCUCCAUCCUUCCUGCUGCUGCUUAUCGAGAGCGGCUCGGCGGAGUGGAAGCCCCGCCGAAAGGGAGGGAGCUGGUAGGGCGGGGACUGCCGCCUGCGGGCCGCCCAACCGCCGCUUGGCUGCCUCCGCCUCCGCGCAAGGGCUGGCCCGACGGCGGGGAAGGAGGAGGCUCCAGCCUCUGCUGCUCCCAGCGGCUCCGCCCGGCAUCGCGCUCCCGCUCGCCUGCCUGGGUCGGGCCUUCCUCUCGCCUCUCCUCCUGCCGCUCGCUCUCCUCCUUCUCGCGGGCGAUGGCGGCGCUCCACGGGGCGGCCACCAAGGCCGGCGCCCCGCCGCAGAUCCCGGACACCCGUCGCGAGCUGGCCGAGCUGGUCAAGCGCAAGCAGGAGCUGGCCGUGAGUAGGAGCCCCCCGACGCCGAGGGAGGGGAGGGGAGGGGCGGGCUAGGCCUGGGCGAAGAUGAUGAUGAUGCCCCUGGCCCGGGCGGGCAGUGUGGGCGCGGGCGCGGGGAGGGAUGCCUUCUCUGCCCCUGCUCCUCCAAAAGCCCCCACCCACCGCGAGGCUCCCCUGCCGCCCCUCCCCACCGCGCGCUCGAUGUUUCCUCUCUCCCUUCUGCCCUUUUGCAGGAGACGCUGGCCAACCUGGAGCGGCAGAUCUACGCCUUCGAGGGCAGCUACCUGGAAGAUACCCAGAUGUACGGCAACAUCAUCCGAGGCUGGGACCGCUACCUGACCAACCAGAAGUGAGUGGAGGGCGGGGUGCAAAACGGAAAGCUGCCCUCAAAGAGGACUGGCGUCAUGGGAAGCAACAGGAGACCUCUAGCAAAGCGCUUUGCAACUGCGCCAGGUCCACCCUGCUCUAAGUGAUAAACCCUAUAGCUCUCCUCUGGGCGGUGUCCCAUGGCCUGGACUGCUGCGGGUGACUCCCUGCUGCCCCCCUUCCACUUUGGGGCAGGGGCUACAGCCACCUCUCUGGGGUCCGGGGUGUGUGUGUGUCACCCACUGGGCCUGGGCCUUAAUCUGUUGUCAUACAGCAGCCACAGUUUAUUCUAGAGUCCAGAAGGCGGCCUGCAAAAGGGCACUCCCUCCCACUUCUUCUUGAGAAGAGAGGGGUGGUUUCCCCAUUUGAGGUGGUGGUUGUGGGGAGAUGCUGUUUCACAGGUCUGCCCUUGACUUACACCAGCCAAUAGGAAGGCUGCUGGAUCAGGCCAGUGACCCUUUUAGUCCAGCAUCCUGUUCUCACAGUGGCCAACCAGAUGCCCCAACAGGAAACUCACAAGCAGGACCUAAGGUCAAGAGCCCCCUCGUCUCCUGUAGUUUCUAGCAACUGGCAUUCAGUAGUAUUUACCUCCUCCGACCAUGGAGGCAGAGCGUAACCAUUCUGGCUAGUAGCCGUGGAUAGCCUUCUCCUCCAUGAAUUGGCCUAAUCCUCUUCCAAAGCCGUCUUGGUUGGUGCCCAGCACUACUUCCUGCAGGAGCAAGUUCCAUAGUUUAACAAUGUGCUGUGUAGCUGUCCUAAAUAUUCAGUUGAAGGUCCACAAAUUCUAGUGUUUUGAGUCAGGGAGAAAAACUUGUUUCUAUCUAUUUUCUCCCCUCUUGCUUCCAGGAACUCCAACAGCAAGAAUGACCGACGGAACCGCAAGUUCAAAGAAGCCGAGCGCCUUUUCAGCAAGUCUUCAGUCACAUCAGCUGCUGUGAGUGCAACCUGGGGGCGAGGCCUGUGUUGUUUCUCGGAGGCCUCCCCCUCCUAUGUCCUUUCUUCCACCCAAACACGUGGAAAGCAUAUAGCAUGAUUUCCAGUAACAGGUACUCAGAAGCAUUGCUGCCUCCAACUUUUGGUCCUCCUCUAGGUAGUCUCCCUGUAUCCUCCCCUGUUGACAGGAAUAAGUCACUGAACUGAUCCCUCAACUUCUCUAGACAUCUUUCAGGUUGAGCAAACUGUGUUUAUUUGUUAUUUUGAAAGCAUUGGAGUUAUUCCUGUCCAGUUUUGGCCAGCCCUCUCCCACAACACACACCAUUUGGGUCCUCCCAGUCUCCUUCCUUCCCACCUUGUCUUAUUCAGGUGUAGUUUGUUCUAUGUCCUCCAAGCACUGAGGGAGGACCAAUGCCAGCCCUCCUGGGGCAGAGGAAGCUUUCCCCCAUCACUAGAUGCCUGAGAUCCUGUCAAGGGAGAUACUGCCAAAGCAUAGAAAGUAGGGCAAGUACUUGGAGUGGGGUGGGAUUUGCAACCUGUGCCUGUCCUAUGGCACAAUCUCGGAAGUCCAGCCAAAUGUGGCACCUCUUUGAGUGGCCUGAGAAGGAGGCGAUGGGGUGGAGUCUCCCAGAAGUUCCCACAAUCCUCCUCAAUCUGGUCUCUUUCGGUUUCCUAGGCGGUCAGCGCACUGGCAGGAGUUCAGGACCAGCUCAUUGAAAAACGUAAGUUGGCCUUCCUUCCUGCUGAGCCCCCUUCCUCUCUUGUGAACUUGUCUCCACACUGCUCACUUCACAGAUGCUGUGAAAUCCAACUCAGAAGGUGCAGAGUUGGACCGUCCCGCUUCUGGAAGAGAGCAGGAUUGAAUGCCAAAAGCUCCCUGCACGUGGAAAACUUUUUUAAAAAAUUAUUAAAUAUAUAUUAGACUGGUAGAAUACUUAAGACCAUUAGGAAAGCUGAAUUUCAUAUUGUGCUGUGGAGAGAGAGUCCCGUGUGCUUGUUAUGUAUAAUAUAAUAUCCCACCAAGCAGUGUAAAUUUUUUCAGGGUCCUCUAAGCUUUUGCCAGCAAGUAAUUUAGGAGUUAUUUUUUUCAGCUAAUGCUAAACUUCACAUAUUUUUAUACCAAAGCAGAAGUCACAAGUCCUGCAAGGUUUUCCCUGAGAGCUGAAAACUGAGUUGCUCUUCCCACAGAUUUAGUAAUUAAAGCUGCAGUGAAGUUGUGUUGGGAUUUUUGAGGAUUUUGGUCAUUUCUUGACCAAUUGUCCAGCAUUUGAAUGCCUGUGGGCAGUCCCACCACGGGUGGAGGAAGGUGCUUCUUUCCCCACAUCCCCACUAACAAUUCUGGCAUCACAUCAGUAAUUUGCAUUGGUACGUUGUGCCAUCUGCAUAGGAUUUCCAUGGAACACUCCCUCAUGUAAGCUGAGGCUGAUUUAUAUCAUUUAGAUGACCAUAGCACAUAGAAUCUAUUGUCUGCAUGUGCAGGUCUUUCUUCUGUGUAAGUAUAAGGUCUAACAAAACAGACCAGUGAGAAUAUCUACUAAUUCGGCACAUUUGGCUGACACUAGGCCUUUCAUGUGGAAAGCUAGUGCAUCAAGGAGAAGGGCAACCCUUGCAUCACCCAAAUCGGCCCGUGUUUCUCACUUAUUUACUCUUCCAUCGUGCUCUGAGUUUUCUGAGAUAAGAAUAGGUUAGAAAUAUAAUGAUUUUUUUUUAAUGAUAAAAAAAGUAAAUUGAUAAUUCAGGUGUGGCUGCAAAAAGCGCAUUUCCCCCCUGCUGUGGGGGCUUCCUUCCUGACCCCUGGGGGCUGGCCUUCUGACCAGAGCCAAUGAGAACAGCUGUUUCUCCGAGCUCUGAGGCAUGCCUGGAUUUCUCCUUCAGGGGAGCCUGGCAGCGGGACGGAGAGUGACACCUCCCCAGACUUCCACAACCAGGAGAACGAACCGAGCCAAGAAGAAGCCGAAGAGCUGGACGGCUCCGUCCAAGGGGUGAAGCCCCAGAAGGCGGCAUCCUCCACUUCGGGCAGCCACCACAGUAGCCACAAAAAACGGAAGAACAAAAAUCGACACAGGUGAGGUGGGCGAGGGCCAGGUGUGUGGGCUGAGCUGGAGUUGGGGGGUUUAGAGGGCACCUUCUCUUGAAGGGCAAAUACCCUGCCAGAGGAUUUCCCCCUCUGGCUUGGCACAUGUUUUGGUCUUGGAAUCAUAGAAUUGUAGAGUUGGAAGGGACCCCCAAAGGGCAUCUAGUCCAGCCCCCUGUGACGCAGGAAUCGCAGCUAAAGAACCCCUGCGGGAUGGCUGUCCAACCUCUGGUUAAAAACCUCCCGUGAAGGAGAGUCUAACCCUACCAAAUCUUUCUUUUGAGGUGGGUGUUGAAGAGGACUCUUGAUGGCACAGAGCAGGGCUGGGGGACUGGAUUUUCGGGCCACUUUGACAGGUGGACAGGGGGAGUGCAGUGCAGCAGUUAGAGCAGUGCUUCCCAAACUUUUUCAGGCCACUGCUGCCUUGGUUCCAUAACCUCAUCUCCAGUGCCCCCUACUCUGUAAAAAGCAUUAUUCAAAAUAGUGGUUUGCAUGACCCGUUAAGGUAGAUAAUAACACACUAGAAUUCAAAACAGUAACAGUUAAUUGCACAUUUAUUCAAAAUCCAGUUAACGCUAUUUAGCUUAAUUAUUUCAAGAAAACUGAUGAACUUGAUACAUUGAUACCAGCUUUUCGAAGUCUGAGUGUUAUUUACACCUCUAGCGGCCUCCCCCCUCCACCCCUUUGCCUCUUAGUGCCCCCCUAAGGAAUCACACUGUCCCCCAAGGGGCACUACUUCGGGAACCGCAGAGUUAGAGUGUUUGACUAAGACCUGGGGGACCAGAGUUCAAAUCCCCACUCAGCCAUGAAGCUCCCACUCGGUGACCUUGGGGGCUCUUGUCCCUGUUCCCAGGCUAAUCUACGUCACAGGGUUCUUGUGAGGAUAAGAUGUGCAGAGGGAGAACCAACCAAUGCCACCUUGAAUUCCUUGGAUGGAAGGAGGUGGGGUAGGACUGUUGUACAUAAAUAAAACAGGUCAUAGGAUGUUCAAGGUGUGAUUGCAAAGGAAGAGGAAGCAGGAGAAGGUACCUUCUUGACUCUUCCUUUACAGGCAAAAUCCUGCCCUUUUCCUGUUACUGUGCAGGGCAAUAGACGAAGAUGUUCCGUUAAAAAGCAGCCCAUUUUGCCUGUAAAGGAAGAGUCGGGGGUGAGAGCACUUAGAGGGGGCUCCAGCUUGAGGUCUCAAGCCUUACCUUGAAUUUUCUUACAUCUGAUUCACCUGCCAUCAGGGCUGGGAAAGGUAGGCGUGGUUUAUUUUGUUUGUUUUGUUUGGAGCAUUUGUGUCCCACACUUCAGCCCCAAAGACUCCCAGAGCAGCUUAGACUAGUGGCCAAAACUGUGGAAACCUUUUGGAAAAGGUGUAUUUCCGAGGUUUGAUGGCUCAUAACACCGCUUUUUUUUGGAGUAAUACCAUAAAAUUAUAUAUCAAUGGAGAGAUAAUUUAAUGAAGAAUGCAACAUUAAGUUCACUUACCUGUAUUCUGUAAAAAGUUAUACCCAAAUAACCAGAAAAGGGAAGCACAACUUCCUUAGGCUGAUAUGCAGUAGCGUUCCUUCAUUUGAAUGUAGCCAAUGAGCAUGAGUGUUUAGAGAGCCAAUCAGGUGUCGUCUUGUUUUGGCAAUGAUCCAAUCAGGUCACAGUAGGAUUCAGCUGUUGAUGUUAUGUACUGGAGCUGAGAGGAGGACAUUGGUCAGUGUGUUAGGUGAUUGCUAUCGAGUUGGUUGGUUUUUUUGUGUUCUUUCAUUUAGUGAGCUUGUAAAACGUAAUAAAAUUAAAGAAAUGGUGCAAAGAGUUGACUGGUAACCCAGAAAGCGAUGUAAAAUAGUACUGUUAAGUGAACAAGGCUACAGUUAUGAAGAAAUUAGAAGAAAAAUUGGUGGAAACUUAACUAAAGGUGGCAUUUCUAAAUUUUUGAAGAGGUAUAAGGAGACUCAGUCACUGCAAAAUCAGACUGGUAAAGGCAGGAAAAGGUGCACAACAGCAAGUAACAACAGAAGAAUUGAGAGACUGUGGCUACGUGGCAGAAAAAUAAUCUGGGUGUAUACAAGAUGACAUGGCGCAAUGUAAUGUGAAGUUGAGUGCAUGGACUGUUUGGCGCAGACUGCAGGAAUAUGUUCUAAAUGCUAGAAUUCCAAGGAAGAAGCCACAGUUAUUUCUCAAAGGCUGAAAAGAUUAAACUGGGCUAAAACCCAACUGGACAGCAGAACAGUGGGACAGUGUUAUUUGGAGUGAUGAGACCAAAAUCUCCUUGCUUGGUAGUGAUGGCAUGAAAUACGUGAGGAGAAGAAUCGGAGAAGAUUUGCAUCCUACUUGCAUUACACCUACCGUGAAACACCCAGUUAGUGUUAUGAUCUGGGGUUGUAUGACAGCAAAAGCUGUGGGCAGAAUUUGCAUCAUUAAUGGGAAUGUAAAUGCCCCAAAAUACAUAAAUGAAAUACCUGAGCCCGAACUGAAGCGUUCUACACAUGAUCUUUUCCCAGACAAUGAAGCAUUUAUAUACAGUGGUGCCUCGCAAGACGAAAUUAAUCCGUUCCGCGAGAGUCUUCGUCUAGCGGUUUUUUCGUCUUGCGAAGCAACCCUAUUAGCGGCUUAACGGAUUAGCGCUAUUAGCGGUUUAGCGGCUAUUAAAGGCUUAAAGGCUUAGCGGAUUAGCUGCUAAAAGGCUAUUAAAGGCUAUUAAAGGCUUAGCAGAUUAGAUACAGGGGGGGAAAAGCGGAAAAAAAAUCUCUAGACUCGCAAGACAUUUUCGUCUUGCGAAGCAAGCCCAUAGGGGAAUUCGUCCUGCGAAGCAACUCAAAAACGGAAAACCCUUUCGUCUAGCGGGUUUUCCGUCUUGCGAGGCAUUCGUCUUGCGGGGCACCACUGUAAAUAUUUAUUUAAUAUUUAAGCAGGAUUUAGCUCCAUGUCAUGUUGCUGUGUGCAAAAGGUGGUUUCAAGAUAAUCAUAUUCCACUGCUGGAAUGGCCUGGGAAUAGCCCAGACCUUAACCCAAUCAAAAAUCUAUGGAGCCAACUAAAGAAACUUGUUAGUCAAAAGCAACCCAGCAAUAAAACCCAAUUAAUAGAGGCAAUAAUUCAAUCUUGGUUUCACAUUAUUACAGCUGCAGAACUAAAAAACUUGGUUCACUCCAUAGGAAGGCGUCGUAAUGCCGUAAUUAAAGCUAAAGUUUACCCAACUAAGUAUUAACUGACAUGGUGAGAAUUCUUGCAUAUCUCAUUUUUUCUAUGUGUUUCACGUUUCUUCUUUAUGACUGCUGUUGUAAUAAAUAAUCCUUCAUAAAAGUUAUUGCAUUAUAUUCAUUAAAUUAUCUUUCCAUUGAUAUAUAAUUUUAUGGUAUUACUCCAAAAAAGAAGUGUUAUGAGCCAUCAAACCUCAGAAAUGCACUUUUUCCAAAAGGUUUCCACAAUUUUGGCCACUAGAGUACAUAUGAUCAAGACAAGACAAGACAAUCCCUACCUGCAGGCUUACAGUCUGUUAAAAACAAACAAGCCAUGAAAUGCAAGGGAAACGGAACAGGGAGGGAAGAGGAAAAUGAAAACGAAAACUUGGGUACUGAUUUCUGCACAGCUGUUCCUAUAUUGACCAGCUGGCACAGUUCAGGAGCAGGAGGUGCCUGAUGGAGCUAGGCCUCUAGCAAAGCUGAUGAAAUGAGCCUUGCUGGCACCCAUCUCUCCCACAGAGGCAGCCUGGGGGGAAUGGCUGCCUGCAGGUGACAGUUGAGGGCAGAGGAGGCCCGAUGGGGCUGGCCUGUCCCAGCAGAGCCAAUCAUUCUCUGCUUCUCAGCUCUCCCACUGCUGGAAUGGCACCCAAAACACCGUGGUGGGUCACCUGGUGGACCAAAAGUUCCCCACCAAUAACGUAGAGGGAGGUAGCUUUAUUUUAGUAAAUUUUGAUUCUUCAUUCCAAGGAGCUCAGGGUGACAAUUAUGGUUCUUUCUUAUCCUCUCAGCAGCUCUUGGGAGUAGGUUAGGCAUGGUUCACCCGGCGACUCACUGUUUGGAGCCGGGCAUUUGAUUCACCACUGCUCCAUGCUGACCCUCUUGAGCAAACCCAUUUAUGGGUUGCAGGGGGGAAAAGAAGCCGCCCCAGGGGUGCAGUUCAGGUCCACAGCAAGGGAUGCUCCUAAAUUAGUGGGGGUUUGCCAAGGGCCCAACUUCAAAUAGGAAAGAGGCCUCCGUUGAGCAGAUGUCAGAUGGAAAAUGCAGGUGAAAUGCCACCUCUAACUGCAGCAUGUUAUGGCUAUUGGCAUAGCCCCAUCUGGGUCCAGGCUGCUCUGUAAGAGUGAGAGGGCAGGGACCUGCCCCAUAGAGAAAGUGCAAUCUAGGAAAGUGCAAAAAGUAGUGGUGGGAAAGGGGGACGAGGGGUGGAAAAUGGGAGUCUGCCACAGUUUCACAUCCUAGGUGGGCAUUCAGAAUAUCUGGCAGCUGGGUAGAAUCAAAGAUUUACAGAGAUGAUAGAGCUGGACAGGAUUCCAGGAUUCCAACCCUCUGCAGUGUAGGAGUUGCAGCUCAGGAAUCCCCGACAGAUGAUGGCCCUCCAACCUCUGUUUAAAAACCACUGAUGUUGUGGGGCGCUUCAGGCUUUCCCUUCCUCCUGGGUGCUCCGGACCGGGAGUCUCAUAGCCAUGCUGUGUUUGACCGGUCUGUUGAAAAUCCCAAUCCCCCAAGAAUCCAGACCGGGGUUUGUGAGUGAGGCUGGCAUGUGCGUGAAUGUCUGGGACCGAAUCCGUUCUGGUGCUGCUUAUUCCUGCCUUUGCUCUCCCACCUUCCCGUGUCAGCUCCCUCCCACCCACUGCUACUCUGCCCUUAAGAGCUGCCUUUGCCCCCCUCCCCAUCAUCCUUCUUCCUCCUCACCUGCCUGUUCCCUCCCCCUGCAGCUCUUCUCCCCUUGAGCCCCAUAGGAAUGCUCCACAGAGCUUGUGGGGUGGGAGGUGGAAUCUGUGGGGUGCCAGGCUGAGAGGCUGGGAGUGGGGCGGGGGGGGGGGAGAGGGAGGGAUUUUAAAGGCCGGUGCUUGGUCAUCAGGUGCCCUAUUCUGAAGUUUGGAUCAUCGCCACUGGCUCUGUUUUUAUUUUUGAAUAAACUUGCUAGGGUGGCUAAUCGACUAAUUAAUUUUAAUUCCUUAGUAUAUUAAUGUCUGUUGCUUUCUUCCUUUCAAAUGCUGCCCCCUCAGCCCGUCUGGCAUGUUUGAUUAUGACUUUGAGUAAGUUUGACUUGACUUAGUUCUUGUGCUGUGUUUAUAGUCCGUAGACCUUUCUCCACACCAACCCCCCUCCCCUGCUUUCAUCUCUUCCCUCCCCCCCCCCACUCCUCCCUCCCGCCAUGCCUGGUCAAAGCUAUUCUAACCCAUAGUUUAUCUGUUUAAUUGUAGGUAUGUAUAUUAGGUUAGGCUGGCAAGUUUUUUAAAAUACAGACAAAAGCGCAUUGGAGGUAACUUUUUAUUUAAUAACCUUGGCAAUAUUCAAUCGGCUUCCUUCUUCCGCUUCCUUUACAUCAUUUUAAAAAGCAGAUAAACUUCUGUUGGGGUUUUGAAAACUUGAUUUUUCUUGCUUUGCUUUUCUGAAGCCAAUGGCCCAUGUUGGACUUGGCCUUUUUUCCGCCCCGCUGCAGAGAAACAUGAGGCCUUUGAUUUGGCUGGGGUAGCCAAAUCCUCUUUCAAUCUGACAUCCGCUCUCUCCUCAAAAGAGCUGCACUCUUUAACCUGCUAACAUAGCGCAUGACAUGUUAACUCAGUCUAUGGAUGCUGGCUAACUCUCUAAUUCAUUUUCCUUCUGAUUGUGUGGGUAUAAACUGCAUUUCUGUGCAGGGUUGGGGUAUGUUGUUGGGGUGGGGGCAGAUUCUGCUUUGGCCUGGCUGAAUUGGCAACUGGGGACAAAUUAACCACAUUCUGUGGCUUGGUUUUUUGAUCUGACUUUUCCCUGAAUCUCAUCUGAAAGCUUCUUUCUCUUUCCUUCCUUGCAGGAUUGAUCUCAAAUUGAACAAAAAGCCCCGAGCUGUAAGUAUCAUCCUCUGACCUUGGAAUGCCCUUCUCCACCCCCUACCUUCAAUCCCCUGCCCUCCCUCUUCACCCAGUUCUUCUUUCAAUGGCAGAAUUCUGUUAUGGGGAGGGUGGAUUAGGAGUUAAGACAAAUCCCAUCUUUUCACUAAAGGGUGAAUCCUUCCUCUACUCGUCCUCCACUUAAUGAAUAGAGGGCAAUGAGUCUAAGUGGUUAAGCUUCAAGAUGUUUUUCUUCACACAGCUAAACAGAAUUAAAUUAUGGAACUCUCUUCAGCAGGAGGCAGGGAUGGCCACCAACUUGGGUGGCUUUAAAAGAUUAGACAAAUUCAUGGAAAGGGUUGUCCUAGCCGUGAUGGCUGCACUCUGCCUCCACUAUUGGAGGCAGUAAUCCUUCUGAAUCCCAGUUGCUGGAAACCGUAGAGAGGAGACUGCUUUUAUGCUUGGGUCCUGCUUGCUGGUUUCCCACUGCAACAUCUGGUUGGCCGUUGUGAAAAGAGGAUGCUGGACUAGUUGGGCUGUUGGCCUGAACCAGCAGGCAGUUACGUUCUCAUGUUUUCACCAAAGGCAGUGUUUACAUCCGCCUUUCUCUCUGGCAUUGCCCCUGCUGAGCUAAAUCUUCCUCCCUCUCCCCACACUGAAUGCAAAGAGUGGGGUGGGAUUCUGAAGCAGCAGUUUGUGGGAGCAGCUGUCCUGAUGCCCUGCCACCUUAUUCUUUCCUGCCACAGGAUUACUAGAUGCCUCCAAGCUGAAUCUUCCAAGAGCCUGUCUGCCUUCCGCCCCAAAUCCCAGCCCUCACCAGGAGACUGAAUAAGCACAAGGCCAGCUCUUUCCCAUCCCAGACUGCCCAGGUCUCCUGGCUCAGCUCAGCUCAGAUGAUGUUGAUGGGGACAAUCUGUGACAGCAGCAGCAGCUGCUCCUUCUUUGCUUCCUUCCUUCUCAGCUGUUCGGCGACAGACGCCCACCUUGGAUUGGCCAGCCUCACUGCUGCUGUUUCAUCAUGUGUAAAAUAACCAUCAGGAAAUGCUCUUGUUGAUGUUACCUUCUGUUUCUUCUGGUUGAUUAUAACCCAUUUUUUGGUCUCAUGAUGUUGCUUUUUUAAAAAACAACAACAACAACAAACCUUGAUAUUUAAAUUACAACUUUUUUAAAAAAAAGAAAGAAAAGAAAUGGUCCAGCUGUGCUGCCCCCUUGUCUAUGUAGGUCCUCUUCCCUCUUGUUGGAGCCUGACUGUGGUGAUGCUGGGGGAACUACUUCAAAGAGGCAGCGGGUUGGAGCAGGAAGGUGACUAUUUAAUUCUCCUGAUGCUUGAGAGGGAUGAAGGCGGUGGGGGCAGAGUCUCUCUCUUUUUAAAAAACACUUCUGUCUUUUGUUUGUAAAUAAAGCCAUCAAACUUCCAUCUCACUGAGCUUGUUUCUGAGCAGGAGGCAUG